CGUAUGCCUCUUUUAGCCUUGGGCAGGAACCCAAGCCCCCGAAGUUCUUGUGUAACUGCAUCAACUUUGUUUUCGCGCCUUGGGUGCUCUAUCGCCGAAUGCCAUAAGUAGACAGCUUUCUUGAGUCGCUGCUUUCCGUUAUAGCCACAAGUUCACAUGAUCGGUUGGGCUUCAAUUACACCUUUUAGCACUUCAGGGAGGGCUUUCCGCAUCCGCGAGCAGCAGCCAACCACUUCUAAAUCCCGUUCGCAGCUUCUCACCUCGCAAAGAUCCAUCUUUGAAUCAUAGCUCCUGAAGCCUUGCGGCUACGUUUUCACUUUCCCGAGCUCUUUUCUCCCCUCUUGAACCGCACUCCAGCGCACCUCCACAAUCCGCAACAUGCCCUUCGGCCCCUUCAUCCUCCAAUGGCGCGCCCCUUGCCCCAACCCGCCUCCUCCCUCUCCACUCCCGGCAGGAAUCACUCAAAGCUACAUCCACACCCCCUCCGGGCGCCUAGAGCUCCUCUGCGCCCUGCCCACCAAGACCACCUUACCACCCUCCCAGCAACCGCCGCCUCUCUUCUUCGCCCACGGCGGCUUUGGCUGCGCAGAGAUAUGGCUCGAUUACAUGACGUUCUUCGCCUCGAAAGGAUAUCCGUGCUAUGCCGUGAGCUAUAGGGGCCAUGGGAAGAGCUGGUAUCCUGGUUUCUGGCGCAUGUAUUUUACGACGCUGCGUGCGAUGGCGCAGGAUCUGGCGGCGGGAAUUGAAGAGGUAGAGAGGCUGGAAGGGGAGAGGAGGAAGGCGGAUGCGGAGGAGAGGGUCAGGGUUGUGCUGGUUGCGCAUUCAGCUGGUGGGGCUCUGAGUCAGUAUGCGCUGAGUCGAGGGAUGGCGGAGGUGCAUGGAUUCUGCAUGUUUGCUGCCGUACCGGGAUUUGGUUCGUUCGGAUGCUACAAAUUCUGGGCCCUCACGGCGCCUAUCCACUUCCCCUACAGGGCUUAUCACCCACGCUACGUCCUCGCCAACACCCAGCAAGUCCACGACGCGUUCUUCACACCCUCAACGACGACGUCCGUCGUCAAAUCUCUCGAACGCCUUCUCAGCCCCUAUGAAUCUAUGCUCUGGCCCAUGCAAUGUCUUUUCCGCUUCGUCACUGGCGCAGACGUACUGUCUUCUAUCACUAACUGGAAUCCUCCAAAGCCAGCCUCCUCCUCUUCCCAUUCUUCAACCAAGCACUUCGAGAAAGACGGCCAGGCUCCCGGCGUGACGCAAAAACUUCUCGUUCUCGCCGCUGAGCACGACGUAUUGUGCACGCCAGCGAUUCUGCUCGACGCAGCACAGCGAUAUCGCACUGCGUUCCGGGACAUGGUGCAGAGUGGUAAGAUCAAGGGGAUUGCGAGUAGUGCUAUGCGGACAGGGGAAGGGCAUGGAGGUGAAGGUGACUGGGAUGGUGUAGCAUUUGCAGUUGUGCCGGGCGUGGGUCACCAUUUGCAGAACCAUGUUGAGUGGGAGAGGGGUGCCGAGGAGAUCCUGAAGUGGGUUGAAAGACUAUGAAGAUUUUCAGAGAGGGAAUCUAUACAACACGCGCGGGUAUGGCUCGGCGUUUCGACUCUGGGAAAUGAGAUCCUGGAGGCCUUCAG